AUGGCAUUCCAUCAUCUUCAUAGAAACACAGAGGAGACAGAGGAGCACAUGAAUCUUGUCAAACGUGACAUUGAUGAUUCUACUGAUGCUUCCAGAGCAUCGAGAAGCGAAAACCCCCACUUGGAUGAGGAGCUCAUCACGUCGCCUCUAUUCUCCCUCUCUGCCUGUGAGACUCUGGACACCAGCCGUUUGGAUAGUGAGCAGCCGCUCAAUGGAGAGCAAGUGUUUUCACAAUAUGGACUGCUUGGUAUGCGUAUUCGUUCCUCAAGCAACGCACUGACACAAGAGGAUCUCGUCUACGCCAACGUGGCAGCCCCGUGGUCUGCCUUCAUCUGCGGCAGUCAAGGAAGUGGCAAGAGUCACACCCUGUCCUGCCUGUUGGAGAAUGCACUGAUUGCAUCCUCGCCUGCUGGGAAUCUGUCGUCGCCUCUGGCUGGACUUGUCAUUCACUAUGAUAAGUUCACGGCCUUUUCCAGCACACAGCUGUGCGAGGCGGCCUAUCUUCAUUCCUCGGGCAUUCCGGUCAGAGUCUUGGUGUCCCCAACCAAUUACCUUGCCAUGAAAAAGGCAUACGAAAGACUGGCGGGCGGUUCCAAAAUGCUGAAGGUUCAGCCAUUGUAUCUGCCCCAGAAGGACCUCAAUAUUAGCAUGAUGAAGACCCUGAUGGGCAUUGGCAGCAGGGCUGAGCAGCCUCUCUACAUCGAGGUCGUUAUGAAGAUUCUUCGCGACAUGGCCAUAGCCAACCAAGGCAAAUCCAGCUUCAACUACAGCGCCUUCAAACAUAUUCUCCAGCGCGAACAGUUCGUUAAAGGCCAGCUUAUGCCUCUUAACAUGCGCUUGGAGGUUCUUGAGUCGUUUUUCGAGCCUGGAUCUGUGCUUGGUGCACGUCCCGAUACGUCAAAGCAACAUGUUGCCGAUAAUAUCUGGAAGUUUCCUUCCGGCACUUUGACUAUCAUUGAUUUGAGCUGCCCGUUCGUUGGUCAAGAAGAUGCGUGCGCCCUUUUCAAUAUCUGUGUUUCUCUGUUUUUGAAAAACCGCCGCGAUACGGGUCGGAUCAUUGCUCUGGAUGAGGCCCAUAAGUUCAUGACUUCCACUUCGCUCGAAGCCGCCGAUCUGACAGAGACGCUGCUAUCUGUCGUCCGCCAGCAGCGACAUCUGGCCGCCCGAGUGCUGAUCGCAACACAGGAACCAACUCUUGCACCGGCACUGCUUGAGCUUUGCAACGUUACAAUAAUCCACCGCUUCUCUUCGCCAGCCUGGUUCAGGGCAAUCAGAUCACACAUCGCGGGAGCUGGGAUUAUUGAGAAAGACAGCACAACGACGUCGGCAAUCUUUCAGAAAAUUGUUCGUCUGCCAACUGGAGAGGCUUUGGUAUUUUGUCCAACAGCCCUGUUGGACAUUGCGAAGCACAACGACCAGGAGGAUGAGGAUUCCUCAAGUGCCACCUCUUCCAGUUGGUCAAAUGCUCCAGAUGAACCGUCCUCCACGGACAGCGCGACAACCGACUCGGACUCCCAAGAUGAGCCUACUUCGAAUCGUGUGGUUCAACUCGGAACGUCCUACGCGCACAUUCGAGUGCGGAAUAGGAUCACUGUUGACGGAGGUCGCAGCAUGCUGCAGCGUUAA